GCAGAACGCCAGUUUAAUUUGGCAACUAUCGGCGCUGCCUCUAGGGUGAGCCCUUGGGAGUCUAGGGAGACGGCACUGCCACACCCUUACGGCUAAGUACUGCAGCCCGCUGGUGUCUGGGGGGAUAGGGCCGAGCCUGGACAGAGGGUUGGCCAGGGAGGCCACCGGGCCCGGGAGAGGGGAGAGCAGAGUUUGCCCCUGAUGGACACAGCGAGACUGUGCCCCAGAGGAGCAGCCGCUGCUGCAGUAUCCGCGGGAGCCACCCCCAGGCCUUCACCGUGAGGGCAGGCUCGGGCCGGCCGGGGCAGAGCGAACCGGGCUGCGCUGUUUCUCAGGCAGCUGCUUGGCCACCUCUGCUCCUGCUAGGCCCCGGCUCGGGCGUUGCUUGGCAGAGGGACGCCAGCUCUGCGGGGAGGAGGCCGGUCGGCGCUGGGUGCGGGACGGGUCCGGGUCCGAGUCCGCCCCGCACGGCAGGAUGGGGCUGGAGAUGGAGCCGCUGCUCCAGGCCUGGAGCUACUUCAGGAGGCGGAAGUUCCAGCUCUGCGCGGAUCUCUGCUCCCAGCUACUGGAGAAAUCCCCCGGACACCAGGAACCUGAUUGUGAAUUCACAGUUUCUCAGGCUGCUUGGAGUUUGAAAACACGAGCUCUAACGGAAAUGGUUUAUGUGGAUGAAAUUGAUAUAGAUCAGGAGGGAAUAGCAGAGAUAAUUCUUGAUGAAAAUGCCAUUGCUCAAGUUGCACGCCCAGGAACUUCUUUGAAACUCCCUGGAACCAGUCAGGGUGGAGGUCCCAGUCCAGCUGUUAGGCCAGUGACUCAGUCAGGAAGACCUGUUACAGGGUUUGUGCGACCCAGCACACAAAGUGGACGACCAGGCACUAUGGAACAGGCUAUAAGAACUCCUAGAACCGCUCAUACUGCUCGCCCAAUUACUAGUGCUUCUGGAAGAUGUGUCAGACUAGGAACGGCCUCUAUGCUCACAAAUCCAGAGGGUCCUUUCAUAAACUUGUCUAGAUUGAAUUUAGCAAAAUAUGCUCAAAAACCAAAGUUAGCAAAGGCAUUGUUCGAAUACAUUUUUCACCAUGAAAAUGACGUUAAGAAUGCUUUAGAUUUGGCAGCACUUGCCACAGAGCAUGCACAGUACAAGGACUGGUGGUGGAAAGUCCAAAUUGGGAAAUGCUACUAUAGGUUAGGAUUGUACCGUGAAGCAGAAAAACAAUUUAAAUCAGCUCUCAAGCAGCAAGACAUGGUAGAUACAAUACUGUAUUUAGCAAAAGUGUAUUUUCGGUUGGAUCAGCCUUUGACAGCUUUACAUCUUUUCAAGCAAGGAUUAGAUCGAUUUCCUGGAGAAGUGACCCUUCUUUGUGGGAUUGCCAGAAUCUAUGAGGAAAUGAAUAACAUCUCCUUAGCUGCAGAAUACUACAGAAAAGUCUUAAAACAAGAUAACACUCAUGUGGAAGCCAUUGCAUGCAUUGGUAGUAACCACUUUUAUUCAGACCAACCUGAGAUAGCUUUGCGGUUUUACAGACGUCUCCUGCAGAUGGGUGUUUAUAACUGCCAGCUAUUUAACAAUCUGGGCCUCUGUUGCUUCUAUGCCCAGCAGUAUGAUAUGACACUGACCUCCCUUGAACGUGCACUUUCUUUGGCUGAAAAUGAGGAGGAGGCAGCAGAUGUUUGGUACAACUUGGGGCAUGUGGCUGUGGGAAUAGGUGACCUGAACUUGGCUUACCAGUGUUUCAAGCUGUCCCUAGCCAAUAAUAAUGACCAUGCAGAAGCUUAUAACAACUUGGCUGUGCUGGAGCUACGAAGAGGUCAUGUUGAGCAGGCAAGAGCAUUGCUGCAGACCGCUUCAUCUUUAGCACCUCAUAUGUAUGAGCCUCAUUUCAAUUUUGCAGCACUUUCUGACCAGGUUGGAGAUCUCCAGAGGAGUUAUAUAGCAGCUCAGAAGUCAAAGGAAGCAUUUCCAGGUCAUGUUGAUACACAACAGCUCAUCAAACAGUUAAAACAGCACUUUGCCAUGCUUUGAUGCCAUAUUUCUGUCAUGUAAAAUAGCUCAAAUGAUUUUACAUCCGAGAUACUACAAAAUACAUUUUACAAAAUGAUAGCUGAGAAUUUAAUAGGAACAAACCCUCCUUAUUAAAAGGCCUGUGUUUGGUUUGGGUACCAGGGAACAUUUAAAAAAUUCUGAACUGACUUGUAACAGUACGCAAGACAUUUCACUUUUUACAUGUGGCUAGAACAUACAUUGUAUUUAUUUCUGAGUAAAGAAUAAGAUAUUGCAACUAUCUGAUAAUAGUGUCAGGCAAUUCGCCAUUUAAUAUUCAGGAAGCAUUUUAAAGGAUUUUUUCCUGACGUUUUGGCAAGUUUUUAAUGUUCCUCUUUGACAGUGCAGCAUUAAGGCAAAAAGGUUUCAUGUCUGUCUUUCCAGCAUGGCUUUUGAUAUUGUACAUUCUUACUGAUUAGUUUGUGUAUUAAGUUCUUAUGAGUACAGUUUAUGAAUAAAUUCCUUGUUAUCUGAAGCAAAAACAUUAUAUAUUUUCCUUUAUAUUCGGGUGAUAUAAAAUAAAUUUUGAUUUGUUUCCGUUGUUAUAUUAUUCAUAUUGCUUCCAGUUUUCCUUAUACUUACUUUCAAGAAAGAAAGGAUUUUGAGAAAUCUAGUAGAAUUGGCAUUAAUAGCAUAAUGUGCAUGCUUCUCUCUCACUAACAGAACAAAGUCCAAGGAUUAGGUCCAUAGUAAUAUAUUAAGAGGACAGAUGCUUGAGUGUCAGAUUCACAAGGAGGACAUAGGUGCCUAAUUGCUACUUUAGGGACCUAAUCCAACAUUUAGGUGCCACUGGCCAUCACAAACCUCCUAACCCUGUAGGUGUCCAUAGUCCCUAGGCUUUCCACCUAAGUUUCCACUGUUAAAGUCUCCAAAGCACCAAACAGGUUCACAGUAGCCUCAAAUCCUGACACCAGCCUGCAACUCAGCAUCUAACUCGCACCCAAACCCCAGUAGGAUUCUUAGACUAGACAUGUCCUCUGCCUGUUGCCCUUGGGCCUGGUCUAGUAGGUAUGCUCAGAGCACCUAAACCCACACAAAAUGGAUGUUUUGAAGCUGAUCCACUCUGUCUGCAUUGGGUCAGAGAGAAAGAAUGACUACAGCCUAGUGAUUAGGACACUAACUGGGAGGAGGGAGACCUACAUUCUAGUACCUCUGCUCAAAUGCAUAUUUAAUUAUUUACACACAGUGGGGACCAGUUUCAACAGGAGAGAUUUAGAAAGACCUGCCCCAGAAUACCCCAUAGCCCAGUGAAUAGGGCACUCUCCUGGCCGAGGGGAAACCCCCUUCUUCACCUCAGGCAGAGUUGGGAAACUGAACACAGAUCUCCCACCUGGCUGAGUAUCCUUACCACUGAGCUAAAAAUAAUGACACCAUCUCCUCCUCAGUUUUUCACUGAGAAAGAGCUGACCUGGCUUAGGUGCCUAACUCCAGGAGAGUGUUCACAGCUGUGAAUCCAAAGUGGGGAUAAGCACCUAAUUCCCUUUGCAGGGGGACUUGGAAAUGCUGAGGAGAGGGGAGUGGCCUAUUGGCUAGCCUAGGCAGCUCUCCACUCAGCAGGCUGGCUUUUGUGAAUCCCAUUCUUAGGCACCUCUCUCCCGCCAUGUAUUGUAUGGAGAGCUGGGGGGCCUACCUCAGGGUCAUGAAUUAUUUUUGGUGACAGGGCCCCUAAAAGUUAGGCGCUGCUAUGCUGAGUGUUGCAGCACCUAGACCCUCUUGCAAAUUCCACUCAGUGUUUAACAAUGCUACCAUAAUUAGGGUGGCUAGAAUAUUUGUUAAAGGUAUAAUAUGAUGAUCUCUUUUUUCCUCUGCAUUUUAAAAUAGUUCUGUUUAUCUACUUCCCAUUUGUGUGCAUCUGCCACCAUUUUUUUUAAAAUCACAUGCAAAAUUGAAGGAUCCUCUACUGCAAUAAUUCCUGAGGGGGGCCAAUUACUGAAAAUGUCAGGAACGAUUUGGUCGUUUUCAUCCCUUUUCCCUUCUGUGUUUACUGUUUUAUAGAAGUAAAAGUCUGAUAAUAGUGACAGGAUUCCUCUGACAUAUUCUACUUCUGUCCUCACGAAUGAAUUUUUCCCAUACAGCUCAAUUGGAAGUUUUGAUUUAAGAGGGAGAAUCUGACCCACAGUAUUUCAGUCUCCCAGCUUUUUCAGAAAGAUUGAUAUGGCAAAACCUUA